GGCACCACGGACGAGCGUCGUUGUCAGUAGUGCGCGCGACGGCUACAAUGUAACAUCGGCGUCGCGAUGCUCACGUUGGUAUCGGAAGCGUUACGGUGCUGGAUCCUGUCGGCUUUGGUGGUUAGGUGCGCCGUGGCGGGUAAUCCCGACGCCAAGCGUCUAUACGAUGACCUCUUGUCGAACUACAACAAACUGGUCAGGCCGGUGGUCAACACCUCCGAUGUCUUACGUGUCUGUAUCAAGCUCAAACUUUCCCAACUGAUCGACGUGAACUUGAAGAACCAAAUAAUGACAACGAACUUAUGGGUAGAGCAGUCAUGGUACGAUUAUAAACUGCGAUGGGAACCGAAAGAAUAUGGCGGUGUCCAUAUGCUUCACGUGCCUUCUGAUCACAUAUGGCGGCCUGACAUUGUCCUGUACAAUAACGCGGACGGCAACUUUGAGGUUACACUUGCAACGAAGGCGACCAUCUACAACCAAGGUUUGGUCGAAUGGAAGCCGCCGGCCAUUUACAAGUCCUCGUGUGAAAUUGAUGUCGAAUAUUUUCCAUUCGACGAACAGACCUGCGUCCUGAAAUUUGGUAGCUGGACAUAUGACGGUUUCAAGGUAACGUUGUCGAUAUCCAUUCUUAUUAGUCUCCAUGUGUUUUUUUUACUGGUUGUUGAAAUAAUUCCUCCUACGUCACUGGUAGUGCCUCUUUUGGGAAAGUAUCUUAUAUUUGCAAUGAUAUUGGUCUCAAUAAGCAUUUGCGUCACUGUCGUUGUUCUAAAUGUCCACUUCAGGUCACCACAGACCCAUAGAAUGGCUCCGUGGGUAAAGAGAGUCUUUAUUCAUAUUCUUCCUAGAUUACUUGUUAUGAAAAGACCACAAUAUUUAUAUGAAAAUCACAGAUAUGUGUCAAAACAUCUAAUGAUGCACGGUAAAGAAUCGGAGCCCUACUUUUACCCCUACCAGGCAACAGAAGGAGAUAGCGAUUACAGCCCGAAGAAGAGCUUAAGCCGUUCUACUUCACACGACGAUUUGUCACCUAGGUUGACAGUGGGUCAAUUUGGUGGAAGUUGCCAAAUUCAUGGUCCCGUGGUGAUGACGCAUUCAGAUUCCGAAAACAUCACGUUCAACAGGGAAGACAUAGAUCCUCCAAUUAAGAGUCAGAUAUUCAUCAAUCCUGCAUAUUCUCAUUCAAGGUGUCCUCCUGAAGUGCAUAAGUCAUGUCUAUGUGUUCGCUUCAUAGCGGAACAUACGAGGAUGCAAGAGGAUUCCACUAAGGUAAAAGAAGACUGGAAGUACGUUGCAAUGGUACUGGAUCGCCUUUUCCUUUGGAUCUUCACUCUUGCAGUGCUCGUGGGCACUGCAGGUAUCAUCCUCCAAGCGCCCACCCUUUACGACGAUCGAAUUCCUAUUGACAAGAAGUUUUCCGAAUUCGCCACCACAACAGUUGUUCGAUGCCCUCCACAACAGUAAUCGUUCAUCAUUAUCAUUUGCCUUAAAUCAUCGACGAUACUCAUCAUAUCAGCUCGCAUUUUUGAAACUAAUCAUAGGGUUUUAUAUUCAACAGCAGUUACCAAAAGUUACGGAAAGAAGAUGAUAACGAUAAUGACGAUAAUAAUUAUAAUAAAAAUAAUGGAAAUUGUUUAAUUGAAAUGCAUGUACUUUAAUGCUCUAACUGUAAAGUGUGCUCACUAGGGUUAAUAAUAUGUAUAGUUUUUAAAACUGUGUUCAUUAAGGAAAACAAUUCCCAUGAGUUUUCACGAAUCAAGUCAGCUGCGCCAAUUUCAUAAUGGUACCCACCUUUAAGCCAAAUUAAUAACGUAGUCUAUCUCAUACCUUUAUCUUCAGUCCCACAGUAUGCUCAAAUGAACGAUUUCAAAGAAAGUACAAAUGCAGAUGAUUAAAGAACAUUUGUUGUAAUAGUCAGAGCAAAUAGCUAUCUUUGGGGGUGGGGGUGCAUUCCAAUCCAAUAGGCAAUAAAUUCGUAAAGGUACAGGUAGCAAAAGUACCUCCCCAAACUCAUCUAUUGCUGAUCUCUGUGGGACCAGCCACAUUACCAUGGAAAGCAAAGCAGUUACUGCAGUAGAUUGACUUUAAAUUAAAAAAACUCACAACAAUUAUUUUAGCAAUCAUAAAAUUUAACCAUGUCUACCAUCUGCGCAUUUUCGCACCCAGUUGUUUGCAAUCAUCUCCACUGAUAUCUACUCCUAACUGUACCACUGUAUAAAGAUUAUGUACAGUAGGUUCACUCAGUUGAUCUACCUAAAAUAUCAACAUUUUUUGCAGGCCAUCAUAGAUUAGCUUUAUGUCCACUGAACUGUCCUAUAAGAGGACGGUUCAAUAGAUUUAUCGAAGUGUUUAAAUACAAAAUGAAUUUGUACUGUAACUUUACGGUGACACUCUGUAUAAGUCAGACCCUCCUUAACGGAAAGUCGUAGAUCAAGUGAUGAAGCGUCGGCAGGCGAGGGAGGUAUGGGCGUGGUUGGGAAGUGAACCUACUGUGUAGAAUCUUUUUGCUGUGACAGUACUUUAUGUCAGUAAUAACGUGGUUGUCUUGACUUGUGAAACAUUUUAUAGAUACAUCAUUAAUUUUUAACGAAAAUUAUAUUCGAUAUGAUAAAUAACUGUACCUAUUAAUCGCCACUUGGCAGUUGACGUAUGUAGAUUGGAGAGGAAACAUUUUUUUAUCGAAGCUAGAGAAAAUAUUAUACGAACACAUUUACUUAUUUAAAAUGUUAUUUAUAAAUCUGUUAAUAAUAAAUAAGGUUUUAUUCAAACCAAAGUUAGCGUCACAGUUUUUGUACAAUACAACGCUAGAAGAAGUGCCUCAGUACGGCCCUGAUUCUAGUGAAUCCGCUAAUGUGACUGAGAAAGUGUUACAAUAAAUGUGUUUUUCAAUGUGAAAAGUAUCAAUUCGAAAUAGUAAUACAGUCAUUAACAACUGCACAUGUGGUUGUAAAAGUCGAUUUACUGUAACAAAUUAAAGUAUUCAAAAAGCUGCCAAAUUUUGAAAAUCUUUCGUAAGUCUGAUUAUAAAUUGUAUUUCUGUGAACAUUUUGUUGUUAAUCGUUAUACUUAAUAAUAAUUAUCUCUCUAGUUCGUUUCAACGACCUAUGCGUAAUAACAAUUAGCCUAAUCGUAAAAUAAAGAACAAAGAAAUUGUUAUUGGUUUUUGUUAAAAGUGUAAUUAAUAAUAAUAAAUGAAAUUGAAAAUAAAUAAACAAGUAGAAAAAUAAACGAUUAAAUGUUAAAUAGAAGCUAUAGAAAUAGACUGCAAGUCUGUGGGAACAUGUCAUGUAUAUAAUAUAAAAGUAUAAUAGGUAAUAAUUAUUAGAGAUUAGCAGAAUGGUUACAAAUACUUAUAGAGAUUAUUAUGCAUUGUUAUAUAAACUGUUAUUUAUAAGUAUUAAUAUUGAUUUUGUAAACGUGCUUGAAUGAAAGAAA